GGCGGAUGCGCUUGCGUGAUGCCGGGUGCGUGUUAUAUCUUCUAAAAUUGGCGUCUUUUCGAUAAGUGAGUUCUAUUUUGUGUGAAAGUGCUGAGAAUUUACACAUCGUUCAACAUUAAAAAUGGUGGCUCGAAGAGGUCGUGGCGCGAAAAGCCAGCCGGCUAAGCCGAAACAAGAUGAAGCCGCGGUAGCGGCAGCGGAGGCGGAAGCCGCCGAACAAAUUGAAAACGCUGAAGACAACAACGGAGAAGCGCAGGUGGAGGGGACCGACGACGCCGCCGGCGGAGAAGGAGUUGCUGAGGAAGGUGACCAGAAGGAUGAAGAACCGAAACCAGAAGAGCCAAAGGAAGAAAAGGUUGAAUCUGGUAAACUGCUCGUGGAGAACCUCCCACCAAGCUUUCUCUUCGACUAUCAAGAAAAACUUAAGGAAAUAUUUUCCAAGCAUGGGGAAGUCACUAACGUCAAACGUGGUCCAAUCAUUGUUACCGAACUGACCACAACACCAACUUUAUCGGCUAUAGUCGAAUUCAAAAACAAAGAUUCCCUGGAAAAGGCGCUGAGCGAGGAGGGCACGGUGGUGGACGGCUGCCCGUUGUCCGUGGCGGUGGAGUCCCGCGCGGAGACGGCCGUGCUGGUGGGCGUGCCGUACGAGGCCAGCACUGACUACGUGCGCCUGCUGUUCGCGCAGUGCGGCGACAUCGCGCACAUACACGAGUUCAGCAAGACCAAGUACAAGAUAUUGCGCGUCACGUUUCACGAGAAGGACGCUGUGGAGAAGGCGCUGAAGUUGGACCGUGAGUUGCGCAUCAACGGCUUCCUGGUCACCGUGUCCAAGUACCGCGAUGAGGACGAGCAGAAGGCGCACUCUGCCAACACUAACAAGAACAAGCGGCAGCACGCGCAGCAGAACCGCAACAACAACGCCGCGCCCACCUCCGCCAGCGCGCCGCCCGCCGCGCGCGCCAACAACUUCCGGCCCCGCGGCGGCGGCGGCGGCUUCAACGGCCGCGGCAACUACCGGGGCGGGCGUGGACGCGGUUUCGGCGCACGCGGCGGUUCGUUCCCGCGCGGCGGGUUCGCACCCGUCAACUCCUACAUGCCGCCGCAGCCGUUCAUGGGGCGUCCGAGCUACCUGUUGUAGCGCACUUGAAAGAGUGAAGAAUGCACACAGCAAGGAUACAUGAACGACGGGCAGCGACCAAACAAGCGGCUCAGGCAAAUGUAACCGUGUUCGUGUAAGAUAUAGUAAGGCAACAUCAGUGUUGUGCUCGUCGUCUGUGUGUGUGUGUGCAAGUGGAGUGUGUCUGCAGAGACAGUGACCGCGGAUAAAUCUAGCUAAUUGUAUUUACUAAGUACACCGGAUGAAAUAUUGAUUUAAUAUUAAUAUUAAUGAUUGUAAACUAUUGUCUUUUUGACAGGUAAUAAAUAAUUACUAACAUUUCUC